AUGGCGCGGAGCCAACCCGGGCCCGCCGGCGGGGAAUGGAGGCGGGCCGGGGGCACGGUGCUCCCUCCCCCGGGCGGGGCCGGCACCGCUCCCGGGCCGGGGCGGGGCGGGGCGGCCGCUCAGUCCGUGCCUGGAGCGCCGCACGAUAGCGGCACACGCGGAGCCGCCGUUCAGCGCAGCAUGGAGGAGGCGGCGGCGGGUGAGGGCAAGGCGGGCCACGGCCGGAACGGCCACGCCGAGGGCCCGGCGGCGGAGGAGCGGCAGGGCGGCGGGGCCCAGCUGCGGGGCUGCCGUGGGUUCCUGCGGCGGAACGCGCUGGUGCUGCUGACGGUGUCGGGGGUGGUGGCCGGCGUGGCGCUGGGGGCCGCCGUGCGCGGCGCGGCGCUGAGCCCGGCGCAGAUCUCCUACCUGGCCUUCCCCGGGGAGCUGCUGCUGCGGAUGCUGCGCAUGGUGAUCCUGCCGCUCGUCUUCUGCAGCCUGGUGUCGGGCGCCGCCAGCCUGGACACCCGCUCGCUCGGCCGCCUGGGUGGCAUCGCGCUCGCCUAUUUCCUGGGCACCACGCUGCUCGCCUCCGGCCUCGCCGUAGCCCUCGGCUUCAUCAUCCGUCCCGGCGCCGGUGCCUCCGCGCUCAACACCCAGCUGGGGCUGUCGGGCGCGCUGCCCCCCAGCAAGGAAACGGUGGACUCCUUCCUCGACCUCAUCAGAAACCUGUUUCCUGCAAAUCUUGUUGCUGCAGCUUUCGAAACGUAUGCGACAGACUAUAAGAUGCUGCUCAGGAACACUACCUCUGGAAAUGCCACAUGGGAAAAGAUCCCUGUCGGUACUGAGAUCAAAGGGAUGAACAUCCUGGGACUGGUGCUGUUUGCUCUGGUUUUAGGAGUGGCACUGAAAAAGCUUGGCCAGGAGGGGGAAGAUCUGAUUCGCUUCUUUAACUCAUUCAAUGAGGCAACAAUGGUCUUGGUUACCUGGAUAAUGUGGUAUGUACCUAUUGGCAUUAUGUUCCUUGUUGGGAGCAAGAUUGUGGAAAUGGAAGAUAUUGUGCUUCUGGUGACCAGUCUGGGAAAAUACAUCUUCGCCUCUAUCCUGGGCCAUGUCAUCCAUGGAGGAAUCAUUCUGCCGCUUAUUUAUUUUGCAGCCACACGGCAAAAUCCAUAUCGUUUUCUCUUAGGACUUAUCACACCACUUGCCACUGCCUUUGCCACUUGCUCCAGCUCAGCCACACUCCCGUCCAUGAUCAAGUGUAUUGAGGAGAACAACGGAGUCGACAAGAGGAUCAGCAGGUUUAUCCUUCCCAUUGGGGCCACUGUAAACAUGGAUGGUGCUGCUAUUUUCCAGUGCAUGGCAGCUGUGUUUAUUGCUCAGCUGAACAAUGUCGACCUCAACCCUGGGCAGAUCUUCACAAUUCUCGUGACGGCCACGGCGUCCAGCGUGGGAGCGGCUGGAGUCCCUGCCGGAGGCGUCCUCACCAUCGCCAUCAUCCUGGAGGCCAUCGGGCUGCCCACCAACGACCUGUCCCUCAUCCUGGCUGUGGACUGGAUUGUGGACCGAACCACCACAGUUGUCAAUGUGGAAGGGGAUGCCCUGGGAGCGGGCAUCCUUAAUUACCUGAACGAAAAAGACAAGAAAGAGAGAGAGCAGGAGCUAAAGGAAGUCACCGUAGAAGCAGUUGCUAACAGCAAGUCUGAAGCGGAAACGUCACCUUUGGUAACCCACAAAAACCCAGUCUCCAACACAAGCAGCACAGCAGACCCUGAAUCCAAGGAAUCAGUAUUGUGAACUCGAGGCCGCUCGUCAAGACCAGUCCUAAAAGUGGCCCAGGGACUUACCAACGCACCCAGACGUUUGCAGUGCGACCAGGGGCUGGAUGGCUCUUGGAAGUGCUCAGUUCCAGUCUGUUUUGAAAUAUGCUGGCCUGGGGAAGGGGAGGGAGGUGGGGUGGACAGAGAAGGGGUUCUGAGAAGAAACACUCGCUUUAUAAUAAUAUUUUGAUAGUUUGUGUGUGUACAUGUAUACGUGUUGCGCGUGCACACUUGUGUACAUGUAUGUGAGAACUGCCAUUGAGGCUUCUGGUGUAACAAGACUUCCAUUAGUGAUGGCUCAGAUGGGUUGAAGGUAGGAAGGUAGACAUACCCAGUAUGUGCUUAUUGUAGGGAAAAAUUAGUAAGCUUAUUUUUGCUGCUGUUUGAAUGGAGAAGCAGUCUAGAAACUCCAGAGUGGGUAAAAAUGUUGCUUAAAUUUGUUUUCUAGCCUGGAAACACUGACCAUUACAGCCAUGAUAUGAAGCAACAUUUUUCUCCCACUCCCCUUCCUCUCAUGUUCUCUGAUCCAUUAAAAACAUUGAACAUGUCCUUAAAACCAGCUGUUUUCUAUUUUUAAUGGGGUUUUUUUUUUGUUUCAUACCUAAAUUAAUAGCUUAUAGGGACCUGUUUCAUUCUCCCAUUUCAUUGCAGCUCAUAGCAGCUUUCCUACCUUUUGAUGAAUAACUCCCAAACUGUGGGACCAAACAGAGAUGUUCAUGCAGAUCAAGGAUUGGUUUCCUCCUUUCCUCUAACCAAGCUGUUAAGGAAAAAAUCCAGAGGAAGCACUAAUUUUGUUCAAGUAAACCCUUUGGGGCUGAAAAAAAUGUAGAGUCUGUUCCAGCCUUAGUAUGUCUGAAAGAGGUUUGCCUGUGACAACAUCCAUAAAUGCAGACGUCAGUUCCCUUCAUGAAAACACAUGAUCCUCUGUUAGCACACCCUGUCUUGUUCAUGUUUAUUUAAUGGGUCUAUCCAAACAGUUUUAGUCAUACUCUCUUCCAGCUAAAUUGAAUAGGGGAGGAAAAAUUCUGAACACACAUCAUGUGGAAACUAAUGACGGGCAAGUCUGAGUCUUGGCUUGAAAAGGGAAGAGAAGAGGUGAGUUUAUAAUCCCAGUGAUCUCUGUGUGGGAGCUGGCUACCUGUUCCUGCUAGGAGUUUAGUCCUGCCAUAAAUGUUCUUCUGGCAGCAAUUUACUUUUAGUAGUUGUGGGUAGUGCUGAGCCGGGUUAAUGCUUUAAUGGCAGAUGGUAACCUUUGCUUAAGGCUCAGACACAUGCUUCUGGAUUCUUAUUCCUCCUUUUUUGCCUUUACAGUGUCCUUGAAUUUACAUCCCAAAUCUGAAUAGAGUCUGGCAAACUCAUUGCAAAGAUCCUGUUGAUUUAUAUUGGCUCUUUGGAUGCUACUAGUUAAAAAAUUAUGACUGCACAGGCCAAGAUUUGCUUGGACUUGUGCUGUUUUCCCUUGGCUACUUCAACAAGAGAUUGCAUAUGGUCCAUCUCCACACUUAAUUCAACAAUAUAUAUUUACUCUUAGCUUUGAUAUAAAGUAAUGCUAAAGUCUCCUUUUUCUUGCUCCUGUCUUGCUUCAGAGGAAUCUGUCUUGGAAAGAUAUCAGCACUAGGAAGAGGCAAUUCCAAUUGCAUAGCAGCAAACCUUCCUUUGCAAAGCAUCCCUUCUGGUAAAGGGACACAAUGAAUUUUGCAGAAAGAUGCUCAGAGAUGUGUCCACCCCUGAAGGAGAGUGCAGUGAGUGCAUCAUGACUGGCUGUGCACUGGAGCCAUGCAGACAAUCCAAGUAGGAAAGGAUUAGUCAGCCCACUGGGAAACUGCAGGUGGAGUUUCUUUUUAACCAGUUUAUUUUUAAUCAUGUCCACAAAAUGUGGUCAUUCCUUGGCUUACCUUCAAAAUGGAAGGAGACAAACACAAUUCUGUAGGGAUGUCUUUUGCCCAACAGAUCAACUUUGCAUUUCUUCCUGUUAGAAUCAUCCCGACUCCUUUCAACUCAGGAAACCAAAAGCACAUUUUUAAGUCUAAAUAUCUCUUUGAAAUAUCUAAAUGCACCAAAACACCAGGUACUUUGAUUUUAAAAUAGUAUAUGGAUGUCUCAAGGAAGCUGAAAAUCCUGACUGUCCCCUGUGGGCUGUGUUCUGUAGUUGGAUUUUAUCCCUCAUCAGAUGUUUAGCUCCUGUGCUUUUGUGAGACCCCCUGGAAUACUAUCUACAGUUCCGGUGUUCCCGGCGUAAGGACAUGGAACUGUUGGAGCAAGUCCAGAGGAGGGCCACGAAGAGGAUGGGACCACAUCCACUGCAAAUGCAGGCUGACAGAGUGGGGGCUGUUCAGCCCAGAGAAGAGAAGGUUGCACUGCAACCUUCCAGUAUCUGAAGGGACCUACAGGGAAGCCAGAGAGGGGCUUUAUCAAGAACUGUAGUGAUGGGACAAAGAGCAGUGGGUACAAACUAAGAGAUGAAAUUUAGGCUAGAUAUUAAUUUUUUUUUUACUGUGGGGGUGGUGAGACACUGGAACAGGCUGCCCAGGGAGGUUGUGGAUACCCCAACCCUGACAGUGUUCAAAGCCAGGCUGGAUAAGGCCUUGAGUAACCUGGUCUGUCCCUGCACAUGUCAGGGGGAUUGGAACCGAGUGAUAUUUAAAGUACUUUCCAACCCCUCAACCUUCUGUGGUUCUGUGAUUCUCUCCCUCGCUGUGACACAUGCAGCUAGGAUCAGGACUUGAGGGCAGCACUAAAAUAACAAUUCAUGAAGCAUCACAGCACCAUUUCAGAGAAGAACAAAUCUAAACUUUUAUUUUUUUAUUUUUUUUACCCACAGGUAAAAGCACUGCCCUGGGCAAACCCAAAGGCUGGGCUUCCUUGCAAGGCAGCACUUUGGCAUUGCCGUAUGAUCCUUCUUCCCUUUGGUGCUGCAGCCAGAGCGUGCCUUUUCCUUGUAGCAGCAUCCUAUAGGCUGUGGCACAUUGUUCCUGACAGGGGAUCCCAGGAAAUGGAAAAUUAAAGCAAAUACCCCAGUAUUGGUAUUUUCCAAUAGCAGUGCAAAAGCUCAGAGUCUUCACUGAACACUUCUCCAGUCCCCACUAGUGGAUUGCCAUGUUUUGCAUCAAUGUGAAUGUCUAGUCCCAGGUAAAGCUUGUUAGAGCAGUUGGAUUUAAGGAGGUCUGAUCAUUCUCAUAGCAGGAAUUUAAUCAAGGAAAUCUGACAUUCCUUCUCUUGGAAACAGAUAUCAUAGGAUUUAUAUGAACCAUGAGUAUUCAGCUCUUAACCUGCCAGAAAUCUGUAGUCUUACAGAAGCUCUACUUUAGACUUAAAAAUAUGCCAGUUCUUUUGUUGUUUGUGCAGAACAAGAGGGAUCUAUGGAAGCAGGGUGCUGCUUGUCAGAAUAUCUUGUUGGCCAUUUUUUUUAUCAUUUGUGUCAGAAUUUACAUUUCUUAUUUUUUUUGUGUUGUUCCCAUUCCUCACAAUAGCUGUGAUGCAUUCUAGAACUCUCUACCUGGAUUUUUUUCUUAAGGAAGGAAUAUGAGAGAUCCAAUGUUGCCCUCUUUCUUUCAGACUGUGAAAAAUGACACAUUCCAACAACUGCCACUGUAACAAUGUGCAUCCUAGUGGAAAGCCUGAUGAAAUAGAAGACUUGCCAUUUGCUUUAAAUGGUCAGGGUCUUCAAGAAAGGCCACUGAGAGAAAAAUGAGAGGGCAGUUGAGGAAUAUGCAUUUGAGAUGCUGUUCUUGACCUGCAGUGUAAAUGUGUUACACUGGGAGCUUCCUGUUCCAGGAGGCUAUGAGCUGAAAAGACUCCAGGAGCCUUGCAGGUGCAGCCAGGGGUACCUGCUCUGCUCUGCUCUUAGCCAGGCACUCCACAAAUCUGUUGCCGAGUGUGGUACUUUACUCCAGUGUCUCUUGACUGGACAUACAUUUCUGUUCUCCUGACACAGGAAAGAAGUUCCUCUUAAAUAGAAGAAAUACAAAACACUACUUUUCUAUUUGAUUUUAGGUUGGAUUUUUCGUUGUUUUUGUCUUUUUUCUGGAAGGAACAAGUUCUCUCCUCAGCUCACGUCCUACCCUCUUUUGAGAGAAAGACACAGAAAUCCCAUGGUAUGUUUCUUGGGGUGUCCUGUGCAAGGCCAGGAGUUAGACUCGAUGAUCCGCAUGGGUCUCUUCCAACUCAGUGGAUUCUACGUUUCUAUGAAAUAUUGAAGAGUUUGCAAGCCUUUUUUCAGUGAAGUUUCUUUGACCAUUUUGAACCAUCUUUUAUUUCUUCUGUAGGAAUGACAUUUCACUCCAUGCUUCAUCACUGCUUGAUGUCAUCCUGUUUCCUGGAAUACUCUAUGCUCUUUAUGUUUCAGUGCCUCAGGAAUAAAUGGAAGAGUGCAGAGAGUUUUGAGAGCUCAAUUUUGCAUUCUGCCUUGCUCCUGUCCUGAACUCAGCAGAGGUUCGUGAGCCUUGGUAAUUCAGAGUUGCUCUGAGAGUGCAGAGCAAUAUCUGUCACUCCCAUUGAGAAAGGUGCGUGUUCUGUGCUUUGAGAUGUGGCUGUAGCCUGAAAAACUGUAGUGGGCAGUGGAAGGUGCCAGGACUUGACUCUUCUUGGGUAUUUUCAGUAAAGAUCUUGUAUUCCUACAAGCUUUAGCUGAGUCUUGGUGUUGGUAAUUGCACUACAGGACUUGGUAAUUGCAAAGAACUUCAAACUCUUCUGGGGACGUCCCUUGCAGUCAGGAUGGCUUUUGUGUUGAGAAUGGGCUAGAGCCAAUCCCAGGGCUUCCCCUGCUGGGAUGUGACAAACAGGACUGUGUCCUUCGGAUAUCAGAGAUGUGGAGCCAGCCAAAGUACCACAUCAAUUGGUGAAACAAUCUCUGCUUUGUCUUUUCUGGUUAGUCCUGAGGAGGCGAUGGCCCUGAGCUAGAGAUGGUGAGAGAUUGGAGAGGAGGGUGUGAGGGGUAGGAAGGUUUUCCUGGUGCUUGCUCUGUUCCCAUACUCUUCCCUGGGCAUUUGCUGUGGCUGGUGCCAGAUGUGGACAUGACCCAGUGUCACCAUUCCUAUUCUCCUGUGGUUCCUCUUUAUCUUGCAGCAAGAACAAUGAAAUCUGAGGUAUUUAGGCAGUUCUUCUUUCAGUCAAGUCAAAGUCCCUGUAAUCUCUGUGACUGAGCACCCAGCCACAUGUUGUAGGUUGUGUCCUCAAGAGCUUGCAAAAGGGACAAAACCACCACCUCUUCUGCAAACAUUUGCAGCAUUGGUCAACAGUCCGGGCUAAAUCUGCACUCUGGUCCUCUGCUAACACAAUGCAUUUCUGCAGCCACUGUAAAGGAUCAUCCUGUUGGAAAUGAUAAUUUUUAAUCCUGACCCUCCCCCAGGCAGUGAGCAGUGGGCCUCAGGUACCAAGUCAAAAGACCAACAUACAAACUCUCACCAAAGAAAAAUUGUCACAUCUAGAUUGAUUUGACAGAGCCUUGGCAGUUCAUGAUCACAGAGCUGCCUGUAAUGACUGAUCUGGUGACAGAUGAACAGCACAGAAUUAGGCAGAUUGCAUUAGUCCUAUACCUGUGCUUCCUUUUCUGUAAAUCAAGUUUACAGAUAUUUACGUGUCUCUCACAGGCCAUAGUGUGGAAGAUAGUUGCAAUGUUUAGAAAGCACUCUUAAGACAGAGCAGUAAAGCUUGAAGAGUAAUGAACUUCUCAAAAAUCUGAAAGGAAUCAAAUAAUGAAAGUAUGCAGAGUUGCAUUGUGCUAGAGGAGGAAUGACUGAUGGAAAGGAGAUCAGGUGGAUGCAUUUUCUGGGUAAUUCAGGGGGAGCAGGGGAGCUAGUGUCAGUGUGAGGUGCAGUUCAGAAAAUGGAUGUGACUUAGUCAAGGACAACACAGUGCCCUGUUCUAUCUUCUGCCUCCUUCCAUCUCCACCUGCCAUGCCAUGAAAGCUUAGGCUCAGGUAAAUUACCAGACAUCACCAUGGAUUCAACAUCUAAACUGGGAGUCUUGACAGCUUAGUUCCUGACUAGUUUCAGUGGGAGAAAGAGCUUUUCAACUCAAAGAACAAGUUGUCUUGUUGUCAGUAUGAGUGACAAAGGUGGAGAAAAAGAAGGAAGGGCUGGAAGGCUGCAGGAGCACCGUCACAGAAGACAGGGUAAGCAAGAGGAUAAAGAAGCAUCUUUCCUUGGCAUUUUGAUAUGGACAGGAUCAAAGAGGCUGCAGGCAUUUGUCUGGCAUGUAGCAGAGACAACGCAAAUCCCUGCCUGCUGCUUGGGCGGGAUUUGCAGGGAGAGGCAGGAGUGCUGAAGUUUCUGAAGUGCAACAAGGCAGCAUACAGAGGGCCAGCGUGGAGCUCUGAUAAGCUGCUGCUGGCUGCUGGCCAUGACCAGAGGAACAGCAGUACAGUUCUGGAUCAGGGAUUGACCCACAUUCCUCCUUGCAGGAUAGCUAGGACAAAUGCUCCUCAGAUAAAUGCAUGGAGACCAUUAUUCUCCGAGGACAAAGACCAACUUGUUAUCUGUGGGAGCAUAUUGAUGAAAGCCAUGCUCACUUGCUGCUUCAGUUUCUGGCAGGAGGGAAAAGGGUUUGACAAAUGAUCUAAAACUUUUUCCAGGCAUUGGGCAACACAUUGAGACAGUUGCCCCUGAAUAUUUUAACUCUGACAAUAAGUGAUCAAGAGCCUUAUUUGGCUCCCGUAGGUCUUCACAUCUGAGCACUGUCUUGGGAAGUUAAUGUUAACACAGAAUUUGUUCUCUGCAUGGGGUCUUUACAGACAUUUGUGACCAGCAGGCAUCAGUUCACAGCUGCACAAGUGAAUGAAUACAGAAAAAGGUGAAAGAACUCUCUCUUGAGUCACAUGAAAAGUUGCCAAGCUAGCUAGGAGCAGAUUCUGAGUCCCAAAGCCAGGUUCAUUGUUAGCUAACAAUUAUCACCUCCUUAAAAAAAUCCACAUCUGAGGGUUUAUAAAUAUAUUUGAUUCUGUACGGAUUUUAAGAGGAAAAGAAAAAAAUCUUUUAUUCAAGAGUUCACAGUGUGGUUACUUAUCAAAUUAUAUCUCAGUGUCAGCAGAUGCAUCAUCCUUAACAGUUAUGAAAUCUCAUUUGUAUUUAACCUCAGAUCUUGGUGCCAGCAGGAGGUGAGGACUGUGGACAUUUCAACAGGCCAACAGCCCUUAUGUAAAACCCUACUCAAGAAACAUUUAUACUUGUCUCCCAAGGCCACAAAUGUUGCUUGCAAGGCAAGCAGGGCUACCAACAGGACCCGGCACGGAGAAAUGGAUUUUGAGCCAACUCUGUUGUAAUGCAAAGUUAAUGGUGUGGUUUUAAGCCACAGAGACCAAGAAAUUUGGUAUUAGAUGUUCCUUAGGAUAGUUUUCACUUGCUCUUUCUGGUAAAACAACACUGAGAAAGUAAUGCUCUUCCUUGCCAAGCAUGUAUUUAGUAACUGAAACUAAACUGCAUAUGGCAUGUGCGUGCAACUUAAUUGUAGUUACAUGUUGCAGAAAGAAAUGGGAACUCUACUCUCUACUCUCUCUACUCUCAAGGAAUUGUUUAUACAUCUGAAUCCCACAGAAAGAGUUGUGCUUAACCAUAAAAAAAUACUCCAGAUAUUAACUGGUUUGGAUUGUAGCUUUUUAAGAACCAGAAGGAAUGCCACUAAAAGGACAGGCAGAGCCUUCACUGAUGUGCAUUGAUGUAAUUUCCUGAGCUUUCCAUGGUUUCUGGAUUUCUGAUGGAGAUACCUCCAUAGCAGCAUAGAGGAAUGGUCUGGGCCUUUAAAGAUGAUCAUUAUCAGCAAAGCAGCAGUAAAGCAAUGCUUUUAAAACUUCUUUGCUGUAACUAAAGGUAUUUUACUUAUUCUUAUGAUGUGGUGCCUCUAAUAAAAAAGCGUUUUCCUAGUGGUUGGUGUUGAUGCAGAAGGCAGCUUCCUCGUGUUUUGUUCAGUUUACCUUCUCCAUAUCCCUCCUGCAGAGACUGUUGUGUUCCUUGGAGUCUGCCCAGAUCCCAGCAGGAUCAGGCUCCUAUAGUACAUAGAUCAAACUUAAAGAUAUUCUGGCCCCAUGUGAGGACAGGGAGUGUUUCCUGUCCUUUAGGAGGGGACAGAGAUGUGGUUUCAGCUUUGGAGAGUGUCUGGACUGAACAGACCCUGCUUCAUUAAAGCAAUACUUUAAUGACAUUUUACACUAAAUUAGUCAAAUAAUUAUGACCAAGGUGGCCCAGCCAUCACUGCCUCCUUGCUCUGCUCCACAGCAGAUAUUCUGUUGACUUGUCUUCCCUGAAGGCCACUGUGGAGGUGAUGUGUUUGCCAUCCAUGAGAAUUCCAUUCUUUUAAGAACGCAGUCUUAUUUAGACAUCCUCAGUUACUAUCCUGGCUGCACUCUCGUAAGGUGGUGCUGUAUGGGAUGGAGACCAUGUGUAGCACUGCAAAUAGCUGAGCAAACCUCUGCUCCUGAACUGCUUCUUAGUUACAGCAAACUGAGACUGACUCACGCUCCAUGAGGGUGAAGACUUUGAUUAGAUUUUGAUUAAUCCCUCAGAUUCAGGGAUAGCAGGACCACCCCUGCACAUGAGGAGUCCCCUUCUGCCUUACUGUCCUUAAAGGUGCCUUGUCCUGGUUCUCUUCAGGACAAAUUCCAAGUUGCUGUUUGGCUUUCAAUAUUACUAUGCACCAAAGCUGAAAGACUCCAUUAUCCCUGGAGACAGGAGGGAGAAUGUGAUGCCCUAGUGUGAGACAAGGAAAAUGGUUUUCUUUUCUUUAUCCUGUGAGCUCUCUGGCAGCAAUCCUGCAGUGUGUAUGUGUGUGUGUGCUUUUAUUUCUACCUGAACACAAAUUGCUCUAAUUAGGAGGGAGGAUUAUUGUAUUUUUAUAUGCUAAACCAUUUGAUUAAUUACUUCAAUAAAAAGAAAGAUGAACUCUGAAAUUCACUGUCAUCCACUCCAGUACAAUCCAGUAUCACUGAUACAAAGGUAUCUGCCUUCAGGUCAGAACCUUGUGCUUAGAGUAACCACUCCAUUGAGGAAGUGUCUGUGCCAUGUGGGUGUGUUGAUCCUUUUGUGCAUCAGUAGCUGUUCCUCUUUUAAAGCUGUGGGUUUCACCCAUGUGACUCUGCAUCAGCCUUUCUGUUGUCUCCCAAAAACAGAUGUACGUGCACAUAUGCAAAAAAAAGACCAUACUGCUGUGUCUGGGGGUGUGUGACCCUGGGGCAGAUGUUACAGAUGUUUGUUGUGUGCUGUACCCUUUGGAGUAAGAGCUCUCUGCCUACCUGGGGAGCAGCCAGUCCUGUGGCUCGGGUUGGGAUGGUUGGCUGUAUUAGGAGGGUGACACAAUGGGAUACUCUUUUUUUUUUCCCUUCUCUCAUGGAAAUGUAUAUUUGUUCUCUCUUUGUGUAGCUUCUCAAACUAAAAUAAACACCACCCCAAACA